GUAUGAGUUCCUCAAAACCUUACCCAAGCGGUCUGCCAAACUCGAGAAGAAAAAGAGGAGGUCGCCGCUCAAGUAGUCGUAGCAAUCAGGAAAGUGCAUCCAACAACAUGGAACACCAAAUCACUCUUGACGAAUUGUUCAAUCCGAUCGCAAAACAAGACAGUGCUCAGUCAACAAGCCGUGAAUAUGGUGCAAAAUCGGGGAUAUCUCAUCACGGAUCCGUAUCAUUCAACGGGAAUACAUUCAUGAAUGGCCAACAGCUGAAUCACUCGAUGACUCGACAUGGUCGAGUAUUCAAUCAGUCGAUGCAUGCAGCUCAAGGAAACGGCAGCAACGCCUUUAACAGUAUUCCUCCUACGGCCCCCGUCUUCUCUGCAGACUUCCGCCGCAACUUGCAAACACGCAAUAGCUCCAGCUGGUAUGAACGAAGAUUCCCAGUAUCCACAGAUCAGGACGACGUUCAGCAAUCAAACACAAGACGUAGUAGAAGUCGUCAGAAUGGACAACAUGGCCUAAGCUUCUCGGAUGGUUCGAACAAUUAUGGUCACGCUGGGAAUAAGUCAUUCAGUGUGAGUUCCGUUCCCGUUGGGUUCCAGAAGCAAGAAAAUAAUUCUAAGAAACUGCGACAAACCAAUGUUCACCAGCAAUGUCUUGGAAAUAAAAGCUUCAACGCUCAAGCUGGAGUUCAUGGACACGCUUUUAAAAAAGGCCAUAAGGACAAUAAAAAUGCAUCUGGAAAGGAGGUUAUCAAUUCUAGUCUUGUCCAAAAGCACGAUGCUAUUAAGUCGCGGAAUUUGAACCAGAGCUUCUCUGGAUUUCCUACACAUGAAACCUCAUCGAUGAAAAAUCAACAACAGAAAUCAAGAAACGACAGAAAAAAAUCACGUGGUAGCAGCAACUUCCAGGAUCGUACUUACUUCAACACAAAUGACGAUGAAUUAACUGACGAUGUGUUCAUAGACGAUUCCAUGGAUGCUGCCCGUGGUCGGAGAUCUCGAUCAGUCACUAAGAAACUUCAACAAUCGACUUAUUCAAAGCAGAAUGCAGGCAGUAAACAAUUGACUGAAAAAUGCAAAUCUUCUGAAGAAGCGGCUAAACGUAACCUGGUAUCCAAUGUAUUCAGCAAGGACGGCACUGAACUCUCCAUUGAACAGUUAUUGGAAAUUGUCAGCAUGAAGAUCGGACAACAGAUUCACUUGCCUUCCAGCUCUCAUGGAGAAUGCAGCAAUUUGAAUCGGACAUUACCAGCAAGUGAUCUAAAUUGCUCAAUUGGUGAAGACUUUGACUCCAGUUUUGUGGAUGCUAACAACCAAACCCUACCAGUGAGUCUUCCCAAGAAAACUUCACUGUCGAUCAAGCGCCGUGGAAGUUCUCGUAGUGCCUCCCGUCUGGCCAGUCUUGAUGUGACACUGGAAACUGUUGAAGAAGACGAGGAACCCACGCCAAGUCCACAGCCGAGUUCUCCUCCAAAGAUCUCAAGAAGAAAGUGGACAGGAACUUUUGAUGCCAACGUUGAGGAAAUGAGACGUUUACUUCAUGGGGACCCUGAGAUGCCGAAAUCUGCAAAUCGUGCUUCCUCAAGCAAGGAUCAGAUCAAUCGGAACAAUGUGGAUGUAAAGAGAACACCUUCCUCGUCAAUCAUCCCAACUCCAAAGGCUUUGAUCGGAGAAAGAUGUCUGACAUCAUCCAGCAAGUCUUCAAAGUUGAACAAGUCACUUGGCGUGGUUGAUUCUAAAGCUACAAAAUCACCAAUGUAUUCCGUCACAGUUUCUGGAAAAGAAACAGCUUCAGGAAAGCGAAUUGCUCAAAAGUUGACUCCAAAGGUUGUGGCGCUGGAAAGCUCUUACAUUACCGGAAUUCCAGUUUCCACGGAUUGUAAUGGUUGCCCAACUCCGAAGAGAAGUGGAAUCAAUUGUGAAAUUCGUGCAGCUGAAGUAUACAAUCAAGCUGGGAAAUGGCCCUUCGAAAUCACCAGUGAUCCGGCUCCACUUCCUUGUGAAUCAGCCGAUCGGAUCGAAUAUCCUUCUCAAGAUUGCACUCAAGAUCCAGCUUCAACCUCGCCACCACCUCGCAUUUCUGAAAGCUUGACAGCAUUCCUGGAAGCUCAGCAAGACUUUAACGACUACAUUGAUACUAACUACAAAGAAAAGACACAACUCCUGAAAGUGAAUUUGAAUAUUCACGGGAUGUCACCUGAAAGAUGGCUGUACUUGAAUUAUUUUUGCACCGAGACAAUUCCAAGAUUGGAUGGUCCUUAUGCCGAUGAUCCAAGAGUUCCACCUGUGCGAAAUAUGUUCAGAAAAUGGUUCCUCCGUUUUGCUGAAGCCUGCUUAGGAAAUCCUCACCAGCUUGCAGUUAUGCAAGAGAUUGCUGCCACGUUUGUUCAGGCUCGGCUGGACGAUACGAGCAGCUCCACAGACUCCACCAAUAUGCUCUACAUGUUGUGGAAGGAGUGUAUCGGACAGAAGAAUAUCAUCGCAAUUGCUGAUGCGUGUUUACUUGCACAUCUUCGGAAAUCGGAUCCUAUCAAAUACUUGAAUGUAAAACGGGAUUGGCUGGAAUCUAUUUUUGACCCACCCAGAGAUCAAUGAUUGUACCAAUUUAUAUCUAUUACUUGUAGACUAUAUUGUAUGUUAUUCUUGUUCAUUAACCCUUUAUCCACUCUUGUUAUAUUUCAACUCGCUUCUCCUUGUGAAUUUGUAUUAUGUCUACCCAGAUACUUGUAGAGGGUAGUAUUAUAUUGUUGUCUGGAUGAUUGAUAAAGAAUUGCCGAUU